GACAGGUGAUUUUUAAAAGGGCGUGGAUGACCUAGGUUUCUUCAUCUUUUUUAUUGUAUUUCGCUCUUGAAACCUGUUCUUUGCUUUGAACUCGAAUGCAUCUAUAUAUUGGUUAAAUCAUGAAUUAUGAAAAUACCCCAAAAUAUGAAGAUCAAUGGGCAAACUUUAUACAGUCAUUAGACGUUGACCCUGAUAAAGCCAAGGGUAUUGAACAGCUUCCCGAUGAUCAGAAACGUCAAUUAUUGGAAAAUUAUGCUGUAAAAAAUCCAAAGUUUUCCGCUUUUCAUUAUGUUAGCCUGAUUAAAGGCUUGCGUGUCGGGCGGUCAACAUUGACAAAGAAUCCACGUAAAGGUGAUGCACAGCAAGCAAAAGAAAUUCUUUUAGCCACAGAAAUAUCAUUGCGAACAAACAAUGUAGCUUGGGUUUAUGAUUUUCUCGAUCAAGAGGGUUUGGAAGCAUUAGUGAAUUAUGUAUCUAGAGUAAUACACAUGGUUAUGAGUUUUAAAAGGUUUAGGAAAUGUUCUAUUUUGUCAACUGAUUUCCGCCCUACCGUGGAUGCCAUUCAGCAACAACGUUCUGCUCUUCUAGGUUCAUUUAGCUCGGAUCAAGCAGUUUCUAUAACUGAUCUGUGCGAUAAUAUUAAUGAAAGUGAUAAAGUUGGAUCUGGUUUAUGGUGCUCUAGUUUAAGGAAAAAAAAACAUGAUCGCAUUUCUUUUUCGCCUGUUCAUGUACGCCACAUAUCUGAUUCAAUCAGGGAUAGUCUUCAUCAAGGUGUCAGAUGCUUUCGUGCAUUACUUAAUAAUCAGCGUGGUUGUUCAAUGGUAUUUGAGCAUCCUCAUGCCGUGAAUGUUAUUGCUCUGUGUCUCCUGCAUCCAAGUUACCAAACAAAAACCUUAGUACUUGAACUUUUAACUGUUGUCUGCUUAAUCACUGGUGGACAUGAACGCGUAUUAAAUGCAUUUGAUAAUUUUAAAAAGGAAGUUGGGGAGUCUACACGUUUUGAAUAUUUAAUACAUUAUUUUUUCACACAUGAAUCUGAAUCUCCAGAUUAUAAUAUGGAUUUUAUGGUAUCGUGUAUGCAGUUUUUCAAUAUAGUUGUACAUUCAACAGAUGAUAUAAUGUUAAGAGUAUAUUUACAAGAAGAAUUUAAACAUCUUGGAUUAGUUAAUUAUUUAUCGAGAAUAUACAAUCAAUCCGGUGAUCGUCUUCUACGUCAAAUAGAAGCAUAUAAUGAUAAUGAAGUGGAUGUUGCAGUGUUAUUAGAAGAUUCACAAAUGCGUGAUGUGUUACAACAAGAGAAAGAACAAGCAGAAUCAGAUCUGAUCAUUUUACAAACCCGUACAGCAACAAUCCAAGCAGAAUAUGAAAAUAAAUUAUUGGAGCUUCAACAAAAAAUACAAGCUUUGGAAAUAAAAAAUCAAGAUUUAGAGAAUCAGCGCACUAAUCAAGAUGGUCAACUGUCUACACUACGUGCUCAACUAUUGGAUAAAGAUAAAAGCACAACAGAACGUGAGCGUAAUUUACAACAACGACUACGUGAGCUAGAAGAUACUUUGAAUACAGUUAAAAAUUCACAGUCGAAAUCACAAAUAAAAGUGAAUGGGAUAGUUGGUAACUCUACCGAAUCGAUAAACACAACAAGUGGUGUUAUUACUGCUGGUGCUAAUGCUUCACCACCACCUCCUCCUCCCCCUCCGCCACCACCCCCUCCUCCCCCGCCACCCCCACCACCAUCUGCAGGAGGUAUACCACCACCACCUCCUCCCCCACCGGGAAUGGGUGCAAUGGUGCCUGGUGCAGAAGGUGUUUCCAUACGACCGCCCAUACAAACUCGAUACAAAUUACCAUUAGUUAAUUGGGUCCUGUUGAAAAAUCAACAACUUCGUGGUACAAUAUUUGUUGGCAUGAAUGAUGAAGCUGUUUUGGAUGCAUUGGAUACUGAAAGAUUUGAAAAUCUUUUCAAAUUGUCUAAUCAAUCAGUGAAUAAUAGUAAUAAAUCGGGUGUAAAUAAUCUGGUAAAUGGAUUAGAUCAGAAAGACAGUCGAAUAAGUAAAAAAGUUGAGAAAAAAUCUUUAAUGGAUUCAAAUAGACAUCGUUGUAUUGGCGUUUUAUUACGUUAUUUGGAAUCUGAAAAAUAUACACCAGAACGUUUAUGGAAUGAUAUUAAUCGUUUAGAACUAGGUCAAGAUGUAACAGAUCGUAUAUACCAUCAAUUGCCAACAGCUGAUGAAGUGAAAACUUAUUUAAAUUAUGAAUUCACUGAACAACGAUCUAUUGAUGAUUUAACGGAUGAAGAUCGUCUUUUACUACAUUUAUGCAAAGUUGAACGUUUAGGACCUAGAUUAGAAAUUAUUUUAUUCAUGAAUUCAUUUGAAGAUAAUUUGAAUGUAGUGAAUUCGAAAAUUAUUGCUGUAAGAUCCGCUUCGUUAGCAUUGAAAAACAGUUGUAAAUUUAGAGCUAUCUUAGAAAUUAUAUUAGCUUUUGGCAAUUAUAUGAAUAGUUCCAGACGUGGUAUUGCCUACGGUUUUCGUUUACAGAGUUUAGAUGCUUUAUCCGACACACGGACUUUGGAUAAAUCGUGGACUCUGCUUCACUUCAUAGUUGAAACAAUUGAAACCCAAUUUCCUGCCCUAGUUAAUUUUGACGAUGAAUUGACUGGUGUUGUAGAAGCUGCAAAGGUUCCAACAGAAGCUUUAACAAAUGAUGUAGCAGCAUUAGUUUCUGGUAUGUCACAAGCUGAUAAAGAAACAAUUAUUUUUGGUUCAUUGAAAACACCACAACGUUUAUCAGAUUUUGUAUUGAAUAAUAAAUCUAAAGUAGAAUCUAUUGAAAAGCAAGCAGAAACUGCACGUAAUAUGUUUGCUAGAACAAUUGAAUGGUUUGGUGAAGCGCAAAUUAAACCUAGUCCAGAACAAUUUUUCAGUUUAAUUGUUCGAUUUAUUAAGAAUUUCAAGAAUGCAAUAGUCGACAACGAAGCACGACGUCGUGUUGAAGCCCUUCAAAGUUUAAAUUCUGUAACCGGUGAUGAUAAUGGGCCAUUAUCAUCAAUCAAUCAAAUUUCAAUCAACCAUAUUCCAAAAAGACCAAAAGAUGAUGUUCCUGUAUCGGAGUUACAGGUUUGUUUGAAUUCUGCCUAUUGAACCUAUGCAUGCAUAUUUAUUUUAAUAAUAGUUAAUGAUGAAUAUCAUUACAUAAAUGAUUACAAUUGUAAUUUUUAAUUCUGUUAUCAUAAUUUGGCCUAUUUUUCACAUCAGCAUCACCACUUCCACUGACUGACUCAUUCUUCUAUUUAAAACAAACAGAACAAGUCGUAAUUUUAAAAUAAAAUCAUUUUGCUCAAUUGUAAUGUAAACAUUAUUAUUGUAUCCAAUAGUUCUAGUCUAAAUGUUUUUCGGUGCAUUUGUGUUAUAUAUUUAGUUUUGUUUUAUUUUGAUGUGUUUAACUGGUGGAUUGUUAAUAUUGAAUUCUUUUUUUAAUAAAAAAAGACAUUUUAAAUGCGUAUUAGUGUUGGUGUAUUUUUCUACAAGGUGGGUACUGAUUAGUUAAUAGUGACCAGUAAUAAUGCCUUUAUCAUGUAUCUAUAUACAAGAUAUACUUCUAAUCUGUUCAAUGAUAUUCUAGGUAAUGUUAAUCUUUCCUUUUUUUGUAAACUAAUUUAAGUAACUCAAUCAAUUUAAAAUGGUUUAAAUUAUUUUGUUGUGGAUAUUUAACUGAAAUUUGAUUAGUUCUGGUGUGGAUUGCUUCGAUAUAGCCAUUAUGACACAAGUUAACAUUGAAUAGAUAAAAUGUGGCUUAGUAAGGCUAAUCAAAUUUCAGUAAAAAUAUCGAUAGCAGAAUAAUCUAAACCAUUUCUAAUUUCACAGAUUAAUGGUUUUCUAGACUCAGUAGCUAAGUCGAACACUCGACAACAUUUGAAGCGAACACUACCAAAUUCGAGCUUCGGAGUGAACAAUAACUUUGGGAUUCAAGUACACCCGGCUGGCAAGCCCGAAAUAGAACGAAAUACGCGUCCUGUAUUCCACUACCAGCUACAUUCCAUCUAUUCUACAUCAUUUAAAACAAUGUUUGACUAGUGGUAAAUGAGUUCUAGAUCAUUAUUAGUAAGGAUUAUAUUUCUACUGUUGUCGAGUGCUUGAAGCUCACUAUACUAGGUUGAAGUCCCAAUGUUGGGCAUCAGCACUGACAUCCACGUGCAUCCUUUUGAUAGGUCUAAAAUAGGCUGAUAUUUAACCAUAAUCAAUUUUAAAUUAGUUUUAUUUAUGUCAGUCCAACUUACACGAGUAUUCUUAUCCAAGCUUCCCACGACAUUUACGUCAGUAAAGAUGAUGAACCCUAACAUUUAAUAUAAACUGACGGUGUUUUCCUGUUUACUUUUAUUUUCAAAUUCACACAUUUUUUAAUAGAAUCUAUUGUUUGUAUAAAUAAAUAGACACGAACCUAUAUAAAAAUUAUAAUGGUUUAAAUUCCGAUGUUGUAACACGUCCCCGAAUUUUUUAAUAGGCAAACUGCUACGUUUAUUGUGAAAUGGGAAAUAAUGUUAGUGGUAAAGUCUUUCAUAAAUGUCAAAAUCACGUUCCGCUUAUUUAUCCAGUAAUUGAGAUUCAAAUAAUCUGAAGCAGUAAACAAAGUGUAGGGGCUGAUACUACGUCAAGCCCACAUGAGUUAUUCUAACCUCUGGGUAGUCCAAUCUAUUCAUUCUUCUCAAGCCACAUUUUACUCUGUCACUUGUUUUAUUAAUUCUGAUUGUUUUUUAUCUGAUCGUGUAUGUGCUAAUUACUUGCCCUACUCAUCAUGUGUCUGUAAUAAUAUCAUAGAAGUUUCCAUUGUAUCUUCUCUCUACUGAUAUUGACAUUCUAAAUAUUUUACGGAAAAACCAUUGCAAUGUUGCCAUUUAUAAUUUGUAAUUCUUUAGAGAAAAAAGCUUUUAACUAGUAUAUUACUGCAACUUUUGUAUAAUUUCAGAGAAACAAAUUUAAUCUCUUUUAAAGUUACCUAAAUUUACUAAUGAGGUAAUUUUGUGUACUACUAAUUUAGCUCUCCAAUUCUUCAUUGCAUCAUCCUUCUUUUGUUAUCGUUUUCGGUGAAUUAAAUACUGUGCGUUGAAUAAUUUUCCAUAUAAAUGAUCAGAAAUUUACUGUAAUCUAAACUAUUUAGUUGAGCAGUAAUUGUCGUCUAGUUGAAUUCACAAAAUGUACAAAUUGAUUACUAUAAACAGAUAACUUUUUAAAUUGUUCCAUAUCACUCUUAAUUAUGAAUUGUAAAUAUGUGUCUGCCAUUUGUUUAUUGGAUCGCAUCAUUUGAAUUGGUGUUCUGCUUAACUACUGUUGUCUCUGUGUAUUAUGUUUACUGUUUUAAUUCUGUUAUCUCAAUUUGAUCAUACGCAGAUGUCUUUUUCUGUUAACGCGUCAGCUGUAGACUCAUGUGGUUGUCUCUCAGUCAUACUAGAAGUGUGUGAGUUAUUGAUACUACUCCGAGUCACUAAACUGAAGUAGGUGUAGCAGGGUUCAAACGUAUGAUUUCGUGUCUGAAAGUCAAACACCCUAACCACUAAGUCACUGUUUAUUUGAAAUAUUCUUAUUGAGUGCUGUCAGAUUAUCUGUUUAAAGUCCACGUGAUUACCUUAACCAAUGGUUACAGACUUUGGAUGACAUGGCAACGAAUUGUUCUCAAUGGCGCAGAUCCAUUCACACUGUGCUUUCUCUUAAAUCCUGAACCCCAUAUUUCUUCAUAACUUUUCCACUACUAACGAUACUGUCAUUACUUCUGCUUCUUUGGGAUUUGCCUUAGUAUUGUUGUUGUGGUAAUGUCAUGUAGCGACCUGGGCCGACGUACAUAUAUGCCACGUUCUGCAUUAUAUUUAACUGACUGAUACGAAGUGCUUGUGUUGGCGACUUGCCCAAAACUGUCUUGGAUGAACUCAAAGAAUAUCCUAGAAAGUGCGUGAAAUGUUUCUUCAUAAUAUGUUUUACAGUCAGGAAAACUUCGUUGUUCUUCGCUUAGUUGGUUAUUGAACAUUUUUAACUUUUUGUAAUUUUCAUGCUUUCUAUAUCAUGAACUGAUCAAUGUUAAACCACCAUUGAAAACCUAGAAGCAUUGGAUAAUUGUUUCAAUCUAGUAGGGUACUCCUCAACAGUGCUCAUCCACGACACCACAUCCAGGAAUCGUACCCAACACCUUGAGUAUCACGCGCGAACACAGCCUCUAGAAUACUGAGCUGCGAAUGAAUGAUGUAUAUAUAUAUACCUUUAAUCAAUUAACGAUAUUUUUCCACCAUCUCUUGACUGUGAUGUAUAACUAUUUCAUAACUGACUUGAUUGUACUGUACUGAUCACUGCUUCCCUUUGUAAUCUGUCAACGUUUUUUGCCAAUAAAGACAAAUCAAUAAUUGUAAAAUAGUUUUCAAGUGCUAUUAGGUGUUUCGCAAAUAUUUUCAGUGUUGUAUUUCAUAUUUUCAAUUUUUUAAACGGUUCACUGGGUGGUUGAAAAUCAUCAAUAAUUUGUCGAUUAUGUUCUUGUAUUUUACCUAUAAUAAUUUCAUUAAUGUUUUUGUAUUCUUCACAAUGGAGCGUUUUUCCGUCUUUUUUUACAAAGACUACUUAUUACUCAAACUAUUUUUCUCUUUUGGUAACAGAACAAUCUUUAAUUUUCGGGAUCAUUUAAUGGUAGAUUAUACGGUGAUCAGAUUAUAUUAACUAACUUGAAGGUAAUUGUUUCUACAACUAUUACUAUCGACCUAAUAUCGAUAAAACCACUGCUGACAAUGUAGCAAAGUGGGGUUUUUUUAUAAACAAUAUUACUUAUUUAGUGAGUGAGGUUGAUUAUUCUAGGCCAAACUUUACUAAGUAACUUGUUUAUGUUUCGUUCUGUUCAUGCACAUAAAAUGACUAUGGGGCUUAUUUCAAUUAUGGAAGCUUAAUUUCUACACUCAGUGUACCUCAAUGGUAACGUAUUUGAAAGUGACACUAGUCGUAAUCAUCACUUCUCUCUAACUAAUAGGCAUGCCUAUACUCCGAUAUGUUAAAACUAUUAUACGUCAGUAUAUCAAUUGAAUACUUUCAGUACUGUGUUAUUUGUUCACUGUUUCGGUUUUUAUGGUGAACUUUUUUGGAUUUCUCCUCUUUAUGUUUAUCCUUUUCAGUAUAAUCUGUUCUAGACAGUUCUGUAUGAUAUUUUCGUACUUUUGCAAAAAUCUAUAUAUUUGACACCAACUUACUAUACUAUGUGUAACUGAUGUUUUUUUAUUACGGUUACUUGAUUUGCACAAGACCACACAUAACUUUGUAUUCAAAUGCGUAAGAAUAUUGAUUCAACUGUGUUGUGAAAUUUAGUUGAGAGGAUUACUAUAUCCAUUUGUUUAAGAGCGAAUUCGGUUAAUCGUUGUAUGCUUUUCACUUCUAGUUCUGUUUACAUCACAAAAACAUACCCUACCUGUGUCAACGUUUUUUAGAAUUUCGUUUCAGCUACUCGUUUUGUAAAUCAGUUAUUCUUCCUAUCAAAACACCUCUAGGCUUUACUGUAUAUUUUAUUUGAAUAUAGAUUAAAUGUACUGCAUAAUAGUGAUCUUUCAAGGACAUAUAUGUAUACACUGUUAUCAAUUAAAUAUAAGCCACAGUGUUAGAUCAAUUGCAAGCACAACUCUGUUGAUGUAUAUCAUGUUGUACGAGUACUGAAGUUACUGUUAAUUUCCCUACACCAAGUCAUUCUCAGUUCAUUCAACCAUAAAACUCCAUAUUCGAAGGCAAAAAGCUCCUAACUAACUAGUAUUUCCUUAGACUAAAUUUGGUAAAUAAUAAUUGAGACUACCAGUGAUCUCAACCGUAGUAGUGUUUCUACUCCACCCAGUUACAUUCCUUAAUUCUAGUUAUUACGGCUUAUUAUGAAAAGUCUAAUACACUUCAUACAAUCCAGGGUUAUAUUUUCACCAAAUUUACUUAUGACAACAUAGAAUAAUCCAUAUGAAUACUUAUUUUACACAUCUUAUCGACCUGUUUUACUGUUUAACGAAUUUCAGUAUAUUGUGCAAUGCAAUUUCAAUUCAUCCAGUAUGUUAGGUGAUUGCUUCAAUAUUUAAGGGCUGGAUCUUCAUUUUACUAUCGUUUUUCUUAUAAGAACACUUUUUGAUUUUAAAACAAUAAUUUAUAGGUGUUAAAAUAUGAAAAUUCACUUUAAUUUUAUCGAACUGAACACAUUUGCUUAUAAACUGAGUUUUUGUAGUCUGUCCAAAUGAUUUCGAUAAAUAUACAAGUUUGGUUCAUUUGGUUAUUUUGAAGUUCGUAACUAUUCGAUCUCGUUUACGUGGUGAAUUUAAUUAGUGACUUUCAGCCUACUAGUAAGUAGUAUGAUUUUAUUGCUCACAUUUGUCUUCGUACUUCAAUGUGACUUUUUAUAGAAUUAGAUGUAAUCACUUCCUUCAUUUUUAUCUCAGUAAGUUGGUUUCCUGAUUCGCGCUCAUAAUUACUGCUUUUAAAUCAAAUGAUUGUUUUUGCCUUGAAAAGAUUGAUCUUCACAUUUUUUUCUGUGUGGAAUCAGAAAUUUUUUCUCUGCUUUGUAGCACUUGAGUGCGAUUGUUUAUUCUUCUUAUUUUAGAAGCGUUUGGCACAAGAAGCUCGGUUGGCUAAACGACGAUUUAAAAAUCGUACUAGACAGAUUACAGGAGAUGGAAUGAUGGAUGAAAUUCUAGCAGGUCUAAUAUCGGAACCAUUGCAAGCUGAGGUUCAUCCACAUCGCAAUCGUUUAUCUGAAAAUAAUAAUUGAAAAGUUUUCUUUUUAAUUUCUGUCCAUAAAUCAAACAAUUGUCCCCACACACACACACACACUACACACCUAUUAGCUUGUUGUGUACGCCCAAAUCAAUCAGUUAACUUGUCUUUUUGCUUGUUCAUUACAUUUUGAUUUGUUCUUUUUUUUCUUCUUUGUAAUUCACGUUAGUUUGUUCAUUGUGACUUGGUGUUUCUUAUUGUUUGUGAUGACUAGUCAACUGACAGAUCUACAUACGUAUGUGUAGUCUUCUGUUUUGAUUGUGCUUCAAUUAAUUUAUAUAUAAAUAUUAAGAUCUUAUCUAAAUGAUCAUUAUCAUUUUCUUCUCUGUAUCUAGUUCAUUUAACUCACCAUUGAUUUGUUGUUUACAAGUUGGAGAGAUUGACACAUUGAAACAUAUUGUUUUGUAAUGUUCAUUUGAAGUACAGUGUUUAUUUUUUAAAAAAACGUUAGUCAUUUCAAACCUGUUUUUUUAAAGAAAAAUCUAGCUGGUUUGCAUCAAUACUUUUGCUUUGCUCUAUUAUGUUCGAAUAUGUUGUUGUCGGUAUUAAUUAGUGUUAUGUGUUGUUGUUGUUGUUUUAAUAUCCACACUGUUUUUAUUUGAUGAUAUUCGAGUGUUUGUUAUGUGUUUGUAUUAUCACUGUAACACAAAUUCCUCUUCUUUCUAAGUUGCCUU